GAAUGUCAAAAAAGACUGUAGGAUAAAAAUACGAAUACGAACUUUAAAAUAGAUUGGGAUAAGGAGCAUUUGCUGAAGUGUACAAAGGCAAAAACAAAGUGACAGGUGAAAUAGUUGCUAUUAAAGUUAUUAAAAGAUCACUUUUGGCAAAAUAUGGGUAUGAUAAUAUUACUAUUUAUUUAAAGAGAUGACAUUCUCAAAUAAAUUCAUCAGGAAGUCAGUAUAUUGUAAUCUUUGAUGCUUUCAAUGAGAAAGACUUUGUGUCCAUUCAUAAAUAAAAUUUAUGAAUGUCUUGAAACCUCAAAUAACAUAUAUAUAGUUUUAGAAUUUUGCAAUCAAGGAACCUUACUUGAUAAAAUAAAAAAGACUCGUAAGCUUCCUGAAGAUGAGGCCAUAUUUGUGUUCUUCUAAUUAGUAUAAGCCUUAGAUUUUUUGUGUGACAAUAAUAUUGCACAUAGAGACAUCAAACCUGAGAAUGUUUUUAUCAAAGAUGGUGUAUAUAAAUUAGGAGAUUUUGGAUUUGCAGGUCAAAAAUCAUUAUACAAUACUCAUUUAGGAACAUAUCCAUAUAUGGCUCCUGAAUUUUUUAAUUCUAAUUAAUAUGAUGGAAAUCAAGUAGAUAUUUGGGCAUUAGGAUUAUUAUUUCAUGAGAUUCUCUUUGGAGAGAUCUACUUUAUUGGAAAUAGUCAAUAUGAAGUGUCUCAAAAGAUCUUAAGUAAAUAAUACACAUUAGGAUCUCAACAUUAAUGUUGUAAAGAGAUUAGGGAUUUAUUACCAAGAAUGAUAGAGAAAGAUAAAUCAAAGGUAAAUUAUAAUAAAUAUUAUUUAUAUAGCGUAUAACAGCUAAAUAGAUAUUGGAAUUACCAAUAUUUUAGAAAUAUAAGAAAGAUAAUAGAUAUUUGGAGAUUGAAGAGAAGGAGAGACAAUUUUGGUAGUAAUUCUUAAAGAGUGAGAAUAGUCAAACUGAAGAAGACAUAAAAAAGGCAUAAAAGGAAGAAGAAGAGAGAUAACGUAAAGAAGAAGUAGAGAAAUAAAGAUUGGCAUUGGAGAAAUUAUAAAGAGAAGAAAAUUAGAAAAGAGAGAGAAUUAAUUAAUAGAUAUUAAAGAUUAUUGAUAUAAUCAAUGAUAUGAGAAAUGGCAUAAUGAUAAUUAUCAAAUUAUGUGAAUUUCUUUAAAAUAAUUUCAGUGAAGUUUGUAGAUAUGAUAUAUUCUACAUACUUAAACAAGGAUAUUAAUAAUAACAUAUUUUAAAAGAGAAAUUAGAUAGAGCUGAUAUAUUAACUAAAUAGGAUCAUGUAGAUUUUGAGGGAAUUGAUUUAGAUGUUUGGGAUUACUUUUAUCAAGAUCAAAAGUUUUAAUUAUAUUUAUAUUAAUAGUGUAUAAUGUUUGAUAAUUGAUAUUGAACAUGAUAGAAAUCAAGUUAGAAAAUCAUAUAUUAGUCAAUUUAAUUAUUUAAACAAUUGGACUAGUAGCAAAUACAAUAAUUAUUUAUUAGAAUUCUAAUCAGUAUUAUCUUGAAUAGAUAUAUUAGAUUGGAGAUCUAGAUAUUACAGGUGGAAUUCCUUUAGAAUUGUAUCUAAAUUAGUUGGCUUCUACGAUUACAUUUUUAAAAAAUGAAGAAUCUAAACAAAGUGAUAAUGGAAUUAAAUUAUUGUUAAAGAAGGCAAUUAUUUGGAUUUUUGUUGUGGCUUACUACAAAGAAUUGAUUUCUGGAAAUAAAGUUAAUAUAUCCAAGUUCUUAAGAAGCAUUGAUAGUGACGAACCUGAAGAAAUGAAAAAAUGCUUAUAUUCAUAAUGA